AUGGAAACCGGCUCAGCGAAGAGCCGCACUCUCGACCACCGCCUGCUCGACGCGAUUCACGGCAGCGAGGGUGGCUAUAACGUGGAUGGCGCGGAUUCGUUCUACGCGCGCAUGGCGGAGCAGGACGCGCAAGCUCCGCGGAUGGGGGAGAGCGGCGGGCGUCGCGGAACGGAGGACGUCUCGAGCCUCAUUGAGGACGAGGAGGAGGAGGAGGAGGAGGAGGAGGAGGAGGAGGAGGAGGAGGAGGAGGAGGAGGAGGAGGAGGACUGUGUGUGA